CGGGGCGAAAAAUUAGGUGCAACCCUCGCCCAAAGAUCGUUGACGACGCAUGGGUACCAUCCAGCGGCCGAUAAUGUAGACACUGGUUUUUUAAUUGAGUGAAGUAUAAAGGCCUCCAAGACGUUACGUUAACGUUUGUAUUUAAUGUCAGUGAAUGAUUGUGAAUGUCGAUGAAUUGUUAUUUCACAUUUUGCUUGAGAUAUCGAUAACUCUGAGCUUAGUUGGGGGAAUAAUUGGGUGGUUUUUGACGGAAUGACUAUUGCUACGAGGGGUCAGGGGGUCGGAAUUGAUCCACCUGAGAAUCAGCAAACGACACAGAUGCACAGUCCGCAAGGUCCCCAGCACCUGGCGGACGCGAUAUCGGGCCUCCAGCUGACGGAGCCGACGUCUCACCAGCCGGACUGUCAGAAUGACACCUCCCUGGACGAGAACAGCCGGGCGCGCGUGGAGCCGGACUUUCCCCACGCGAAGCUGGCGACCCUCGACGAGAAGAUCACCUCCUCCCGCUGGGUGGUGCCAGUGCUCCCGGACCAGGAGCUCCGCUGCCUCCUGGACGCCAGCAUAGACCUCUGCAAGCGAGGAAUAGACGUGCACAGCGAGGCCUGCCAGCGUUUUUUUCGCGAGGGCCUGACAAUAUCCUUCACAAAAAUCCUCACCGACGACGCCGUCAACAGUUGGAAGCCCCACAUCCACAGCUGCAUAAACGCCAACUGCGACAGACUGGUCGAGCUCUGCGUCCGCAAGUUGGACGAGGACUGGUUCCCCCUGCUGGACCUCCUGGCGAUGGUCUUCAACCCAAACAACAAAUUCCACACAUUCAACGCAGCAAGAACAUCAGCCACAGUUCCCCCAGGCAGCAACAUCCCAGACGAGGAGCUCUUCGCCCGCCCACCCCCAGACCCCCGAAGCCCCCGAGGCUGGCUGGUCGAUCUCAUCAACAAAUUUGGAUGUCUCGACGGCUUCGUAAUCCUCCUCACACGAUUCCAGAGCAAUCGAAACCUCACGAUACCCGUUAUUCACGCACUACUGCGACCCUUUGGCCUCUGCUACGAGCUCCUCACUGUUCACACGAUAGUCAAAUACCUAAUGCCAAUUAUCGAAAUGGUGCCAGUUAUCCUGGACAAUCUCACAGACGACGAGCUGAAGAAGGAAGCUAAGAAUGAAUCCAAAAACGAUGCCAUAUCGGCCAUUAUAAAAGCCAUGAAGUGUCUGGUGUCACGUGUCCCCAUGCAGGAGGCAAUGAUCAAGAAUCUUGAAAUAUUGAGACUGAAAAUGAUACUGCGACUGCUGCAGAUAUCCUCGUUCAACGGUAAAAUGAAUGCACUCAACGAAGUUAAUAAAGUCAUAACGAGUGUGAGCUACUAUCCACAUCGGAAUCCUGCCCUCGAGGACGAGGAGUGGUUGACAGCUGAGAGAAUGGCCAAGUGGAUAAAGGACAAUGGAGUUCUUGAGAUAGUCCUGCGAGACUCGCUGCACCAGCCCCAGUACGUGGAGAAGUUGGAGAAGAUUCUUCGUUUCAUAAUUAAGGAGCGAGCCCUCACCCUGGAGGACCUGGACGCCGUGUGGGCAGCGCAGGCUGGCAAGCACGAGGCAAUCGUCAAGAAUGUCCACGACUUGUUGGCCAAGGUCGCCUGGGACUUCAGCCCCGAGCAGCUGGACCACUUGUUCGAGUGCUUCCAGAUGAGCUGGAAGACAGCCAACAAGAAACAGAGGGAAAAGCUUCUGGAGCUGAUCCGAAGGCUCGCCGAGGACGACAAGGACGGUGUUAUGGCCCACAAAGUGCUGACUCUCUUCUGGAAUCUGGCGCACUCAGACGAAGUGCCCACGGAGAUAAUGGACCAGGCGCUCAAUGCCCACGUGAAGAUCCUGGACUACUCCUGCUCGCAGGACAGGGACGCCCAGAAGACAGUCUGGCUUGACAAGUGCGUUGAGGAGCUAAAGAGUGGGGACAAGUGGGCGCUCCCAGCGCUGAAGCAGAUCCGAGAGAUUUGCUGUCUCUACGAGCCUAAUCCACUGAUUGGCAACAGCCAGAGGAGCCACCAGGCCUACUACAGACAAGAGGUGAUAGAGCGUCUGCAGAAUCAGCACAGUGUUGUCAUUCUGGUGACGAAUAGUUUGACAAAUUACAUGGACAAGGUCAGGGCUCUCGUCAAGGAGACCCCAGACAUCGACGCCACGACCUUCAUGCCCGACGCUCGCUACAACCACGUGAUGCAGGUGCAGGAGAGACUCAACUUCCUGAGAUUUCUCCUGAAGGACGGCCAGCUGUGGCUGUGCGCCGAGCAGGCAAAGCAGAUCUGGCAGUGCCUAGCCGAUCAGGCUGUCUUCGUCUCCGACAGGGAAGCCUGCUUCAAGUGGUUCUCCAAGCUCAUGGGGGAGGAGCCAGACCUCGACCCAGCGAUCAACAAGGACUUCUUCGAGAACAACAUCCUCCAGCUGGACCCCACACUCCUCACUGAAAGUGGGAUUAAGUGUUACGAGCGUUUCUUCAAGGCUGUCAACUCUAAGGAGGGAAAGCUGAGGCUGAAGAGACGAACAUUUCUGAUGGACGACGUCGACCUCAUUGGCACUGACUACCUCUGGCGAGUGGUCACCAACAGCCCCGAGGAAAUAGCCAAUCGUGGGAUCGAGCUGCUGAAGGAAGUCAACACUAAUUUGGGGCCACGACUGCAGCUGUCUGUCCUGGCAUUUCACGAGACCUACAUUGCUGAGUGCAUGGACAGACUUCGAGCCCACUACGACACAGUGACAGUUCUGAGUGAUGUGCCAGCUGAUGGGAAGGAGGAGACCGACGAGCAGGUCUCAAACAAGAUUAAGAACGAGGCACUGAAGAUGUGUCGUGUGAUGAAGGUCCUGCAGGAGUACAUCAACGAGUGUGACACUGCCUUCCCUGGGGAGAGGAAGAUCCUGCCACUGCAUCGAGCUGCACGUGGAAAGCACAUGUCCCUGGUGAUUCGCUUUGUGAAUCCAGGUCGGAGCAUCGACGACAUUGAGGUCUACACCCACAGCAACGACACCCUGGCCUCGCUGAGGCGCCAGAUCCUCCGGAGGAUCAAGGCCAGUGGCACCAACGUCAAGCUAGAUUUAUUCAUCAACGGGGAGUCCCUGGAGCAGGCGGACGACAGGAAACUCCUCUCGCAGAUUCCCCUGAGGGACAAGAUGCUGCUGUCAGCCAAGUUGUCACAGAUCAACAGCAACAUGCCUAGCUCACCGGACAGCAGCUCUGACUCGUCGACGAGCUCGCCACAUCACCCGUACGAUGGACCCAAUCUAGAGGCUGAGAACAGUCUGCCAGGGGUUGUAAUGUCCCAGCGCGCCCAGCACGCCACCUUCUUCUUUCAGCUGUCAGACCUCGGCUGCUCCCUCAAGCACUCGAGCCUCCGCGAUGGGGCUCGCAAUCUCCUGCAGCUUGUCCCCCCCGACGCCCUCACUGUCCUCAGGCUCCAGUGGCUCUUCGGCCACUACAAGAACGACGAGAUGUCCCUCAAUCCCCACUGCAACGAGCAGAACACCACUGUCAAUACCCUAUUCUUCGCUGCGUCUGCCAGCCAAGUGCUCUACAAUCUCGAGGUGCUGUACACUCUCCUGAUGCCCGCACUGGACCCCCUCUCGGAGAAGGCCUUCGAGUUCCAACUGAAUUUCAUCAAGAGUGGCGAGGCCGGGGUCAUUCUCGAGAUGCUGACGAAGAACAAGUUCCUACCGAAUGCUGACGAGACCACCAAACGAUCGGCUUAUCUCACUGUUCUCAAACUCUGCAAACUCCUGCUGACUGUCAUUGGGAAUUUGAUGGGCUGCGUCAUGGACGAGGUGCAGCAGGCGACGAUACCGGAGAAUCAUGACACGUAUUUUCAGAAUAAUCGUAAUUUAGUGGCUAUUCUGAAGCAGGCACUGCACACCGUGCCCAAUCAGAACACCGAGUACAUGCUGAGGAGUGUUGCCACGAAAUUGGCGCAGCACCUUGCGAGCCAGAUGCUCUCUGGGGGGACAGAGUCAGAUCGCUGCCGUCAGCUGUUCAUCCAAGGGCUCUCCUGGGAGUUGCCGGACAUGGCGACCAUUCGUGCCAUAAUUAAACUGGCCUGGGCUGCCUCCUCGGGGAAUUUGAAUCACGCGGAUGGGAGUGUGGAGACACUGCACGCCAUGCACGAGGCCAAUCAGCGAGAGCAGAAGGCACCAGACCCCAAUGAUGUGCUUGUCUGCAAGGAGGCACUGGAGGUCCUCACGAUUGCUCUCGUGCUCAACCCCUCGGCGCUCUCCUCCCUCACGAAGGAGAAGCUCUGGCCCACAUUUCUCACUGAUCUCGUUCUGGGGAGCCCCUCCAGGGCCAUCAGGAUCGCCGCUGCCGAGCAGUUUCUACUCAUAUUCACCUGGUGCAACUCCAAUCAUCUGUCCUUUCAGAAUACCAUUCUCCUGCUGUCGGACGUUCUCAACACGACUGUCAUCGAGAAUGCCAGGCAGAGUCACGAGUACUUUCAGCUGCUCUGCAGGCUUCUCAGUUGUGCCCACAUAUCGGGGUGUCCUCUGCUGUCGGCUGAGGCCCUCCUGGAGGUCGAGGUUGCCUGGCUGAAGAAGGUGAAAGAGGCUGUGAAGGAGUCUGGGGAGGUGGCAAUCGACGAGGCCCUCCUGGAGGGCCACCUGAGCCUCACCAAGGAGCUCCUGGCGUUCCUUCCACCAUCGAAAAAGUACCAGCUCGGUUGUGACGAAAAACGCGGUGACAAUCUCAUCAAGGAGCUCGUCGAGGACUUCAUCUUCCCGGCGUCGAGGCUCAUGCUCCAGCUGAGGAGCACCGGUGAGCUCAGCUCGACCCAGGCAAGCCCAGUCUGCACAACCCCUCAGUCGACGAGUGCUGCAUUCGAUCUGCUGGUGGGAUUGUGCGUGGGAUGUGUUCCCAACAUGAAACUUCUAGUCACAAUGCUCACUGACAUGUUCUAUUCGGAUCGUGACGAGCCCCUGAUCGAGUGGGACUACCUGCCACCAGUGGGUCCAAGACCGCUGAAGGGUUUCGUGGGGCUGAAGAACGCCGGCGCCACUUGCUACAUGAACUCUGUUCUCCAACAGCUGUACAUGGUGGAGAGCAUCAGGGUGGGCCUGCUGAUGGCGGAGGGUGCGGCCACCGAUCUGAACGAGGACUUCUCCGGUGAGGAGAGGAUCGAGGGUGAGCAGACGAUCGAGGCGAGUGACAACGACAGCAACGAGGAGAAGUGCGGAGUCGACGAGUCAAGAAAAGAGUACAACAUCGGUAUUCUCAAGCAGGUCCAGGCCAUCUUCGGGCAUUUGGCCUACAGCAAGCUGCAGUACUACAUCCCUAGGGGUCUGUGGAAGCACUUCAAGCUCCAGGGGGAGCCCGUCAACCUCAGGGAGCAGCAGGACGCUGUGGAGUUCUUCAUGAGUCUCGUGGAGAGCCUCGACGAGGCACUCAAGGCCCUGGGGCACGAGCAGAUAAUGGGGAAAAUCCUCGGGGGCUCCUACAGCGAUCAGAAGAUCUGCAAGGGCUGCCCUCACAGGUACUCCAAGGAGGAGCCCUUCAGUGUCAUCAGUGUCGACAUCAGGAAUCACAGCAAUCUCCUCGACUCGUUGGAGCAGUAUGUCAAGGGAGAACUCCUGGAGGGGGCUGACGCCUAUCACUGCGACAAGUGCAACAAAAAAGUAGUCACUGUCAAGCGUUUGUGUGUUAAAAAAUUGCCCCCCAUUCUUGCUAUACAGUUGAAACGAUUUGAAUACGAUUUUGAACGUGUUUGCGCUAUUAAGUUUAACGACUACUUCGAGUUCCCGAGGGACCUCGAUAUGGAGCCCUACACCGUCAAUGGGCUCGCUAAACUCGAGGGAGAGGUCAUAGACUGUGAUUACGAGGAAGUUAACAAGGGCACGUGUACAAAGUAUCAGUUGAGUGGAAUUGUUGUUCACAGUGGUCAAGCCAGUGGUGGACACUACUACUCGUACAUUCUUCACAGGCAGAAUGACGGCACUGCCAAGUGGUACAAGUUCGACGAUGGGGAUGUGACUGAGUGUAAGAUGGAGGAGGAGGAGGAGAUGAAGUCCCAGUGCUUCGGUGGGGACUACAUGGGUGAGGUGUUCGAUCAGAUGUUGAAACGAAUGAACUUCAGGCGUCAGAAGCGAUGGUGGAACGCCUACAUGCUGUUCUACACUCGUCUGGACGUCGAGGAGAACUCCCUGAUGAAGAGUGUCAAUGAGCUGUCGUUGUACACUAAACUCGGGGUGAUGAAGAUGCCACCGGCUAUCGAGCACAGCGUCAGAAAGCAGAACAUCAAGUUUAUGCACAACAGAAAUCAAUUUAGCCCCGAGUAUUUUCAGUUUAUCAGGAAGUUGGUCUCCUGCAAUCCACCUCACACGACUAGGCAAAAUCUCAAUGACAAGCUGAGUCCAGAGGCGGAGGAGCUGGCGAUGCUGUCGGUGCAGCUUGCCUCGAGAUUUUUAUUCUACACUGGUUUCCACACGAAGAAGACCCUCAGGGGGACAGCCAUGGACUGGUACGACAUUCUCUGCCACCACCUGAGGAACAGCAAAGCCGUUCGCUCGUGGUUCGCCCACAAUGUCCUCUUCAAUCAUCCCCACAGGUUCUGCGAGUACCUCCUGAGCUGUCCCAGCACCGAGGUACGCUCGGCAUUUCUCAAGAUCCUGGUGUUCCUCGCCCACUUCUCCCUCCAGGACGGCCCCUGCGCACCCCCAAGCCUCAAUGCCCCCUCGAUCCUCCUGGAUCCAACGGCAACACUAAGCGAUCACCUGCUCCACGCCGUUCUCUCCCUUCUCCAUCGAGAGAUAUCCGAUCACGGUAGACACCUGCCCCACUACUUCUCACUGUUCCAUUCCUACGCGACACUGGGACUCCCUGAGAAGCAGCAGCUGCUGAAGCUCAACGUCCCAGUGACGUUCAUGCUGGUUGCCAUCGACGAGGGCCCAGGGCCGACCAUUAAGUAUCAGUAUCCCGAGCUCACGAAGCUCCACCAGGUCGUCAGCAUGCUGAUAAGGUGCUGUGACGUAUCCUCCAGGUGUCAGUCGAGUCACGCACCCUCGGGAAUGGCUGUUCUGCCGAAUCCCUACGGUGACCCCCAGUGCCAGAACGACUACCUCAUGGCUAUUCAGCCACAAGCAGCUGAGAUACUCUUCACGAGGACCAGCUACAUGAAGAAGCUCAUCGAGGACGCCAACAUCACCGAGGACACUGUCAAAUUGCUGCAGUACUGCUGCUGGGAGAAUCCCCACCUGUCCAGGACUAUCUUGAGUGAAUUGCUGUGGCAGAUUGGCUUCGCCUACACCCACGAGCUCCGACACCACACGGAUCUGCUGCUGGCGAUGCUCCUAAUGGAGGACUCGUGGCAGACACACAGAGUCCACAAUGCCCUCAAGGGGGUGCCUGACGAGAGGGAGGGCCUCUUCGAGACCAUUCAGAGGAGCAAAAAUCAUUACCAGAAGAGGGCGUAUCAGUGCAUUAAAUGCAUGGUUCAGCUGUUCAGCAAGUGUCGGCCAGCCCAUCAGUUGCUCUAUCAGAAUCCCGAGAUGAAGAGGAAGUGGCUCCACGCUAUUGACUGGCUCCAGGACGAACUCGAGAAGAGGCCGUACACAUCGGCACCACCUUACAGUCAUGCUUAUACUAAUUGGUCACCACCGACCCAGUCUAAUGAGUCUACUAAUGGGUAUUAUUUGGAGAGGAGCAAUUCGGCGAAGAAAACGCUGGAGAGGGCCUUUGAACUUUGUCCUGACGAGGAGCCUGAGGUCGAGGAGGCUAUUUAUGCAGCCCAGCCAGACGUGACAGUUACCCAACAAAUGCAGGAGGAACCCGAGCCACAGCAGUCUCAGCAGCAGCAGCAGCAGCCGACCCCAUCCCCAGUCCACAAGAUUCACUCGUCACACCAGGUACAGACACCCCAAAAUUGUGAAUCACCACAGACAACAAAUCAGGAUCCAUAAUGAAUGGUACACUUGAACUCACGGUUAUUCCGCUCUCACGAUUAAAAUCGUCAACAGAUAUUUAGAUAAAGAAACAGUGACGAUUGAAUGAAUUUACCGGAUUAAUAUAGAAAAAAAGGAAGCUAUAAGAAAUAAUUGUACAGAAUUUACACCGGACUCAUCAUUUGUCACAUCUGUCUCUCAUUAAUUUUCUUCUUUAAUUUCCAACUGAGAUGAUUAGCAAUGACGAAUGGAUAAUUUAUGGCCAUCUCAUCGACGAUUAAAUUGUUGAAAGAUGAACAAUUCAAGUCAUAAAUAUGUAUAGUUAAUUGUGAUUAUUGGGAUCCAGUCUAAUGUCGAGAGAAUACAGCAAAUUAAGUACCAUAAUGCGUUUUUUUUUCGUAAUUAUUAUCUAUGUAAAUUUGAACAUAAUGUUAUGUGAAAUAAAAAUAACGAGAGGAUUAAGUGAGCACUGAGACCAGAAGUGAGUGACAUUUUUCUGUUUAUGAAUCGUGCAACGCAAGAUUUUUGUACUUAAUCACUAACAUCUCGAGUGAUAUUUUGUCAUGCGCAUUUUUUUUUUUCGUAGGAAUUAGCUUCCCACAGGUUUUUUUUCCUCACACUUUUUUUUAAAUGAUGGAAGCAGAUAUACUGAAAUGUUGUGCCUUUCCUUUUGCACCAGCACCCGACGUGAGAAAAUUUUUAUAGGAGAAAAAUAAUUCCCUCGAGUCACCCCUCGUUCAUUGUAAAUUUACGUUAAUUCGUAAGAUUUUUCAGAUAAUCGAAGUGUAAUGUUUAAUGUAUUUAGAAUUGUAAAACGUUUAUUGUACGUUUUUAUGAUGCGACCAUGGACGGAUCCCGGAUAAUUACCGUGCACUGAGAUGAGAAAUUUUAUGAGUUUUUUUUUUUGGGGUAGAGGUGAUCCAUUGAUGCAUGGAAGAUACUGUGAAUUUUACUGGAAUAUAUAAUUCUGGAAAUUGGAGGGAAUAAAGAGAUGUGGUGAAUUAAUUUCAUGGAAUGCUGGGGGUAGUUUCGAAUUACAAAUGGCAAUGAUUGAAGUACAUUUCACUUCGGCAAUUUUGGAGAUAAUUCAGGCCCUUGUUUUGUACUUUGGAAGUAGUUUCUAUCGUCCUCAGGGGUUUUUUGGUUUGUCAAUUGUCCUGACGACGAUUGCACCGGCACAUUUGGAUAUUUCGUUUUGUUGACAUCUUGAAAUUGAAAUUAACAUUCACAAUUUAUCGAGUAGCAUUGAAUCUUGAGCAUUUUUCUUCUCUUUAUUCCAUUUGAUUUACGAGAAUUCAAUAGUUGUAUCGCUGUAAGAUACGAGCCAUCGUAUUGGAGCUGUGGUCUCUUCUAAAACCCCAAGACAUUUGUAUUUUCAAUGAAUUAAUUAUAACUCGUCACUCGAGAAUAACGAGAAAUUUGGGAAUCGUUGGAUUGGGGAAAUUCGACGGACAAAUUGUCGUUUUUAUGGAGUAAUGAGUCAAUUAUUUUGAACUGAUCACAGCUCCAUUACUCGUAAUAACGUAUGUUAUAUAGAUAUUAAAUAAGACCGAAUAAAAAAUGUCACUCGAGUAGAUAGAAGUGUGACAAUCGCGUGUGUACGUGGACAAUUUAAUGAAUUCAGAGACAUUUAAUCAACGACUAUCCCACAUGACAUCCCAGAAAAGCCAUCAUUGUGAAUUGAAGUUUUAUUUUCAAUAUUAAACGAAAAGAAUUUAUUGAAAUUCAUUGUUCGAUGAUUAUCGAGUUAAAUUUUCCAUCAAUCAACUUAUUGCUGAUAUUGGGUUUUUUAAAAAAAUAUGUACAUAUAAUAAUAACUGCUUUUUGUAUGUGAUAAAAAUUAUUAUAUUUCUAUUUUACAAUUUUGAGAGCGGAGCUGUUGUAAAUCCUGGUUUUUUUGUACACAGAGACUCUUACUAUCUAAGUUCAUCCCCUCUUUUUGUUAUUGAACAGUAUAGUUGAUAAUUAUUUAAUUAUUUAAUUAUGUCACUGAGUGUAAUGUCUUUGAGCGAUGGGUUUUAUAUUUCCCUCAAUCGACAAGAAGGACGUAUUCUCUUGAGAGAUUGGUGGAGGCCUUGGGAGGGGGAAAAUACUGAAUUAAAGGGAAAAUUUGCGGAAUUAAUUUCAGCUGAUUGGGGAUGAGAAAUGUGCAUUGUUAGAGAAUUAAUGUUGACAUUUAUUACUGUGGAACAUUCACGUGGAAUUUCAAUUUUCAGGUCCAAUGAAAAUUUUUGAAAAUUUUGCUAAUUCAGGAAAAUUUUUAAUCCAUUGAAAAUUAAAUUUAAUGCAAUGUUUAAUUUUCACAAUGAGUUUGAGAAUUCUAGGAAUAUCAAUGAACGUCUCACAUGGGAAUCCCAAUUUUUAAAAAUUUCCUUCUUAAAUUAAAGUCAAAUUCACAACAUUGAGAAUUUAGACGCAUCUACUGCUUAAAUUAACAAAAAAAUUUAACAGUGUGAAGAAUGGCUUAAAAAAUUAGUUCAUUUUCUAGAAUUCGAAUGCCAGAAGUUGAGGUCAAUCUGAAGAGGCUAAAUAAUUUUAAAAAAUGUUUAAAAAUACGAGGUGGUCGCCAGCUGUGGCCGCCAUCUUGUUUGGCUACCCCUCCCUCUGUCGCAAGGGGCUCCCAAGAUGGCGGCGCCUCCACCUCGUAUUUUCAAACACUUCUUAAACCUUUUUAUCCCCUUCAAAUCACCCUCAACUCAGUUCAUCCAACUCCCGAAAAAUGAACAAUUUUUUCAACCCAUUGUUCACAUCUCUCCAUUUCCUUUUGGCUGAGAAUUCUCGAAUCAAAGUUCUCCCCUCAGGCCUCUCGACACUUUGCGCUUUUGAUUGAAUUUUGUGACUCCAAUAAUUAUCAUCACAAAAUUUAAAUCUUUCGAAUUAGAAAUCACCAAUGGAUAGCUGAGUGCAUUGGGAUUCUAGUCAGUAAAGCAGUGGUUGAAGCAAAAAAACGAUAAAUUUAAAGAAUAAAGUCCAGUCAUCAGUGA